UGAGUUUCACUUGCGUGGGAAGCUAGAGAACAAACUAUCAGCUCACACAGAGAUGCGCAAUACUAUGGACCCGUCGGAACUUCCGCUUGCAAUGACGGACUCGGAGUGCAGCACUUCAAGUCCCUCCACAGAACACGACGUGGAAGAGAACGAGUACAGGUUUUUUGCGAUGGGAGUAGACCAGGUGAGGAUGCCCAAAGUAUCUUCGAGAAGACGUAAAGGUCGCACGAGACUCAUGUUCACCCGGGCACAGUCGCGCGAACUCGAAAGGAUCUACGACAACAACAAAUAUCCAAAACUCAGAACACGACUCGCUCUCGCCGCACAAAUGAACAUUGCCGAACGGCGCGUGCAGAUUUGGUUUCAGAAUCGAAGGGCGAAGACAAAGCGUGAGGACAAGUUGAUGAACCCGGAAAGCAGUAAACAGAUCGUCUGUGCGUCUCCUCCCGAUCAUGACAGCACAUCGUGUGAGGGUGAAACUCCAGAGGGAAACGACUGCGAGGAGGACAAGGAUAGCAACAAAAACCGUUCACCGCUGGCUCAACAUGUACCACAGCCGUCUCUACCUCCUUCUUUUCCUGAGUUUGACCCUGGAUAUCCUGAUGUUGGUAGUGAACUUGUCAUCGACCAGCCACCUACACCUCUACAUGCAACUUCAUUACCCGUCUUUCCCAGUGCCCCAACUAAUACUUCCAUCCCGACCUCCCUCAUUCCCUGCUUCCCAACUCCCAUCUCGCAGCCAUCACCACCCAAGACAACUCUCAAUUACAGCUACACACCGCUGUGGUCACAUGACACGGUCAUAAAUGCGAAAGAACUCGAGGAAUUGCUCGUCACUCUGCUGAGCAGCCACAUGCCGAAAACUCUUCACGCAACGGACGGACAACGUCUGGAAUCGUUCAAGGGAUUUGUAAAUUCACAAUGUAAUCUGUUACACCAGAAGGACGCAGAAUACCAAGCCAUGCUGUGUGCCAUCUAACUUACAUUGAUAUGUGUAAUGAGUUGUCAGUGUAUAUUAUUAUUAUUGCGGGUAUGACCUGGAUUACUGCUCAACGACGUGGCUUUGCUAAUAUAGUAAUAACAAUAAUUCAACAAACGGCU